UCCAAUAUACCUAAAUCUUGAUUGAAAGAGAGGGAAAUAAAAAAGGGGAGAGAAAAAGAAAGAAAUACAAUUGAAAUUCCCUGCUUAUGAAAAAACCCUCAACCCCAAAAGACGAAGCCGUUUACUUCAAAUCUAGAAACGACAAUGUCGUUUCUUAAGGUUCUCCACUCUACCGGACUUUCUCCUCUUCGUUUGGCUAGCUUUCUCCCUCUGCCUAUAGCCGGUGUCCGUACUCUCAGUUGCGCCAAUUACAUGUGCUCUUCGGUCCCAACAUCAUCGUCUCUUCAUCUUGUAACUGAGAAGAAGAAAGCAGGCGCCCGAUGGAAACCGCUGUGUUUGUACUUCACUCAGGGGAAGUGUACCAUGAUGGAUGAUACUACGCACCUUGAGAAGUUUAAUCAUGAUAUCUCUAGGGAACUUAAAGUAAAAGCUGCUGCCUCUCAAUGCAAGUGCUCUCAGGAUUUAGAUUAUUUCUUGGUGCUUGAUUUGGAGGGGAAAAUUGAAAUUCUUGAAUUUCCUGUCCUGAUGAUAGAUGCAAAAACCAUGGGCUUUGUAGAUUUCUUCCACAGGUUUGUGAGGCCCUCAAAAAUGAGUGAGCAACAUAUAAACAAAUACAUCGGGAAAUAUGGAAAAUUUGGAGUUGAUCGCGUUUGGCAUGACACAGCUAUCCCAUUUAAUGAAGUUCUUGAGCAAUUUGAAGCUUGGUUGACUCAACAUCACUUGUGGAAAGAACUAGAUGGUUGUCUUCAUCGAGCGGCAUUUGUGACUUGUGGAAAUUGGGAUUUGAAGACAAAGGUCCCUGAUCAAUGCAAAGUCUCAAAUAUUAAGCUUCCUCCAUAUUUCAUGGAGUGGAUCAACCUGAAAGAUGCCUUUUAUAACUUUUACAAGACUAAAAAAAGUGAGGCCUCAGGGAUGAUGGGAAUGAUGAAAAACCGCCAAAUGCCCGUGUUUGGAAGUCAUCAUCUGGGGAUUGAUGACACAAAGAACAUAGCCAGAGUUUUGCAACGUAUGCUUGCUGAUGGUGCACUUAUGCAGAUUACCGCAUGGAGGAAUCCUGGUUCUCAAGAAGUUGAGUUUUUAUACAAGGAUCGAAUUUGAUAACAAAAAGGAAGUUGCUUAAGCUUAGUCCAUUAUUUUUGGGAUAGACCUGUAUUUGCAGAUUAAAAUAUGCAGAAACGAUAAUUUGUCAUUGUAUUUAUUUGAUUUCUACAGUCAUGAUCCUUCUCUUCCAGGUCAGAUCUUGAUGCUUUAGUUUUUUGGAAACUCCAAAAAUUACUUAGUCAAAGUCUUAAACUAUUCCCAUUUUGAUGAGCUUCUCCUUUUCUGCUCUGCAAAUGCAGCCAGGGCAACAGAACAUGGCGAAAAGAAUAGGUAAAGAUUGAAGUUAUAUUUUACCCCCCAUAUCUUCAGUCAGGUUUUUCCUUUUUCUGUUGCAAUGUUGGUUUACUGUUAUUAUUUGGUUUUUGUGGCUGCACUAAGUCUUUUCCUAUGUUAGAUUAGAUUUUUAGUUGUGUAUUUUGUCAA